AUGCAUAGCUACCCAUCAUAUGUUUACCAAGGAUACGAUAGUAGGAGCAAUGGAGUCUAUAACCCUUAUAUGCAUACCCCACAGAAGAAAAGAAAAUUCGGUACUCUUGAAGAAGGGUUCUUCAGCUUAUCUUUAGGAAAUAAAGAAAGCAAAGUAAAGGAUAAAAAAGAAGAUAUUGAAAUGAGCAGUUCCCUUAAUAUUUUUAAAGACCUCAAUAUUCAAGGAAUCCCUAAUCGAAUUUUCAAUGAAAAUCAUAUUAAAAAUUUCGGCAUGAGCAGCUCUGAUGAUUUCAAUUAUCAAAAUCCUCCUAAUCAGAUUUCCAAUGCAAGUCUUCCUAUUAACAAUAUUAACUGCAAUAAUAUAGUUAUUGCAAAUUUCAAUAAUGGCACAGUAGAGAGCAGAAGCAAAAUGUUAAGCGAUUUAAGUCCCCUAUUGGCAUCAUUAGACUUUGAAAAUCAAAAUGAAAAACGCUCUUUUAAUCCUCCGCAUGAAUCUGCAAUUAAAAACCAAAAAAUGAUUAUGCCUCCAUCUCUUCCAUAUAGCCAAUCACCAAAGAAAAGAAAUAGAGAUGAAGACUGCAUGCCAAUUUUUAUAGGAAUCAAAGACAAGUUCAACGGAUUUAAAAUUGUCCCAAUUGAUGCAAAAAUAAUUAAAAAAUUGAUGAAAAAAGAAAAACAAAAUCCUGAUGGGCCUAUUGCAAAAUAUAUAAUAAAUAUAAAUAGGUUUGAUAAUAUUAAUAAAAAUGUAAUUGUAUAUUUAUUUUUAAAAUAUACUUUAUGUGUAUAAGCAUAAUAAUUGUUUUCAAUGCUGCGCAAUAUAUUCAAAUAGAAAAUAUGCAAGAAAUGAGAGCUGAGCUAGAGUGCUUGAACAAAAGAAUCAUUGAAUUUAAUCAAUUAAUCAAAGUUCUUGACCAAAAAAUCUAUUGGAAUAACCAAGCAUUCAAAGUCAGAAACGACACCAUUAUAGCUUCUUUCGUGCUUUUCCGUAGUAUUAUGGAAAAUCUAUCUUUGAGGGCACUAGCUUCUUCUACAGUUUUUAUUGUCUUAGAUUUUAGAUAAGCUAAGACCUUUGAAUUAUCAAUUAAUUUAAUUUUGAAACUUUUAAACCUUAAUUCUUUAAGAGAAGGACAAUUUUCAGCGCUCAUGCUUAAUACUCUUUCUUCAUGCGAUUAAUGGUCCUGGAGCUCGAAAUAAGGAGAUCUGUCAAGUCUUUAUGAGUUUUGCCUAAUAUUAUCAGUAUAAGGAUGUUAUAAAUAUGAUUUAAUUAUCCUGCCCACUUUAAGUCUAUCUUACAAUUAAAUUUUAUCACAAAGAUGACCUUCGGAAUUAAAAAAUUAAAAUUUUCUCAAUUUUUUUAUGAGUUGCCUCUGUUCUUGUCACUGUGAAAAUACUUUUAAGCAUGUUAUAAUAUCCUUGGUACAGCUUCGCCCACUUAACUCGAUAAAUUUUAUCAAUUGCAAUAAAAUUUUCUAAUAAAGAUGGACAUUAUAAGAAUUGAAAAAUUUCUCCAAGGUCUUUAUGAAUUGCCUCAGAUCUCCUUAUUUCGAAUUCCAGGACCAUUAAUCGCAUGAAGCAAGGGCAUCAAGCAUGAGCGCUGAAAAUUGUCCUUCUCUUAAAGAAUUAAAUCAUUUUUAAGGUUUAAAAAAUUUUAAAACUAAAUUAAUUGAUUAUUAAAAAGUCUUCGCUUAUCUAAAAAAUCUAAGGCAAUAAAAAUGUAGAUCAGGUUAGUGCCCUCAAAAAAGGCAUAACAAUACAGAAAAACGCGAAAGAAGCUAUAAUGGUUAUCCAACUGCACAAAAUUGUUAUAUGUAUGCAAACAUCUGAUAUGAUGAAUGUCUCAGAUCAGACAGAAAAAAGCUCCUGAUUAAGCUUUUAAAGAGAAAAAGAUGGCUUGAGUCUCAACUAAAGCAACAAUAUAUAGUGAUAUAA